AUGAAACUUAGAGUGAGAUCCAUUGAAUCCAAACAGACCAUCAGAAUCGAGCUCCCUAAUGCCUCUUCUCUUCUCCAACUCAAGGACGCCAUUGCUCAAUCGAUUUCCUCAACAACCUCUUCUUCGUCUCUCCGCCUUUCCCUCAACAGGAACGAUGAGCUCUUCGCUUCUUCUCCUCACGAUUCGCUCCAUUCCCUAGGUAUCGCAUCUGGUGACCUAAUUUUCUAUUCUAUUGUCUUUGAAACACCACUGCCUAAUUCGGAGUCUCCUGUGACAAUGGAGACCCGAAGAGAUCUCGAUGUUGGUCACGACGGUACCCUAGGAGCUCCGACUCCCCUGAAUCAGGAGACCCAGGUGAGUGAUAUCGAUACUCUUGCUGAUGAAACUGAUAAGGUAAAUGAAGAGGGUUCGAAUUUGCAGUUGGAUGGAGGAGAAGGCAGUUUCGGGGCUGAGGAUAUGGAAAUUGAGGACGAGUCUGACGGUAGCGUGGGGAGUAAGUUCCCAGAGUCAUGUUUCGUAAGGAGGAUGAAGAGAGUUUUGAACCAAGGGUUAGGGGAAGAUGGUCAUGACCACAAGCUAAUGGUAGUGGCGGUUCAUUCAGUUCUUUUAGAAUCUGGUUUUGUUGGGUUCGACUUGGUUUCUGGGACGCCUGUUUAUAAAUUUUCUGGUCUUGAAAAUUGGAAACCUUCCAUGGCAUUUUCACCUCAGUUUCACUAUACCCUGCCUGAGAUUCUAGGAAAAAAUGAAGACUCUACUUCACAAGUGAUUGAAAGAGUUUGUUUAAAGUUUCAGAUUAUGGGCCGUUUUGUAAUUGUAUUUGGGUCAUUAUCUAGUGGCGGUUCAGGGUCAGGAACGUACCGGUUAUGUUUGGAUGAACACAAAUUUGUGCCGAGUAUUGGUGCACUAUCCCCCGAUCGUGAUUCUGAAAGAAAAGUUUACGAAUUUUGGAAAAUUGUUAAGGACAAGCUUGUAUCACCUCUGUUGAUUGAUCUUUGCGCAAAGGCAGGGUUGCCCUCACCGCCAUGUUUCAUGCGUCUCCCGUCUGAACUUCAAAUGAAAAUUUUGGAAUUGCUUCCGGCUGCCCAAAUCGCCAAAAUGGGUUGUGUAAGCAAGGAACUGCAGUACUUGUCAAGCAACAAUGAUUUGUGGAAGAUUAAGUUUAAGGAGGAGUUUGGAAAUGAGAGAGAAGCCUUUGAUUGGAAGAGUGCUUUUGCCCAUGAGAGACGGAAGAAAGAAGAGAGGAGGAGAGUGUCUUCCCUUUUGGUUAGGAGGAGAGAUCCUAACCCUUACCCGUUCGUUGGUGGAGAUUAUGACCGUUUCCCGGCUCUAGUUUGGCCUCCCGGCCCUCAUCGGCCUUUUUUUGGGAGAUCAGGUGGAGUUCCCACCAGGAGGAGGAACUUUUCGCCGAAUUGCAAUUUGGGAGGAUUCUUGGGCUAA